UCAAGGUCAUUCUCUUCUCCAAGAAUCCUCCCAUUUUCUUUCCCUUUUCUCCAAACCUAAUCUCCGCUGCAACUUUGUCUGUUCUGGCUCCAAAACUGUCGACAAUGCUCCUAUCAGCGGCCAAAGCGAGGAGAAAGAUCCUUUUCCGCAAGGCUAAGCUCGCCGAAGAAGCCAAGCGCUACGAUCACAUGCUCCGAUUCAUGAAAGAAAUCGUCGAAGCCACCGACCCAGACAAAGAUCUCUCCCCAAAGGAACGCUGCCUCCUCGGUGCUGCAUUCAAGAACUUCCUCAGAGUAGCCCGCUCCUCGCAUCUCUCAGCCGUUGCUAAAACAAGAUCCUGGCUAAAUGACUUCGACGGUCCCAUCGCCGCCUCCUACCUACUCACAUCCAAGAUGGAGAUCUGCAGAGCCUGCGCAGAAAUGGUUCAGCUAAUCGAUUUCCGUUUAUUACCCUUUGCUGUUUCGAAUGAAUCGAAGGUCUUUUACCUAACCUUAAAGGGAGAUGUCAGCUGGUAUAUGGCAGAGGUUAAGGGAGCGUUGGACGGAAUGGGAGAUGCUGCAAUCGCUAAUUCUGCCUAUGCUGAAGCUUGGGGGAUGGUGACCAAGCUAGAUUCGAUGAAUCCGCAUCGGUUAGCAUUUGCGUUUAGUGUAGCGGACUAUCUUCUUAACUUUCGUCAUUCGCCUGCGGAGGCCUUUGCAGUGGUAGACCGGGUACUGAACUUACAAGAGAUAAACUCACCAGAGACAAGUCCGGCCGUUUCGCUCUUAACUUUCGAAGGAGGCCUUCAAUUGACAGCGAAUCUCCUAAACUUAAGACAGAGGCUUAAGAAUGAGCUAGAGAUUAAGGCGGCCGGAGUUGCCGGACCAUCAAAUUUGCCGGCCGGCAACGCUGCCGGCAAUCCCUUGACCAUCCGUUCUACAUCAGAAUCAUUGCCCAAAUGAUUUUCGCCCAUUCAUCAUGUGGGCUGUUCUUAGAAUCAUGGAAGUUGCCGAGAUCUGUGUGUUUUGACGUUCAUGACUUGUUGAUAUAAAGAAAUUAGUUGUUUUUUAGAAAUUUAGGGUAUGUGGGAAAAUGUUUCUGUACUUUUUUUUUUCUUCUCAACACAACCCCUCUUGACCUAUUGGUUGAGAGCUUAGGCUUCCAACUAAAAGGUCCAAAGUUUGAGUCCAUGUGUAUGCGUUGUGUGUGUGUUUGCCUUUAAUGAUUGUGUGUGUAUGUUUGCC